GCCAACCUUUAACAAUUUCAAUAAUUCUUAAAUUCAAUUUUCAACCCAAUUUCUCUAUUAAAAAUUCAACCCCAAUUUUCUGUACUAAUUCGUCACUCAGAAGAAGAACUUUCUGAUUUCUUUACGCCAAACUAGAUCUUGGCCUGCGGAAAAUGACUCAAGCUAGGUAAUGAUGAUUCCACAACGUACUUGCAAACUCACAAUUCACAUCAGUUGUAUACCCUCAUGAGUAAUAUGAAGCAAAGAGAACAACCUAAGGUUCCUUGCCAAAUGGAAAUGGAGGUUGAUAGAAUCAGCAACUUACCAUCUCACAUUGUUGAUAAAGUUCUGUCCCUUUUAACACUAAGGGAUGCGGUAAGAACAUGCAUAUUGUCAAGUAAGUGGAGGUACAAAUGGGUCGACCUUACAAGUCUCGUGUUUGAUAAUCAGUCUGUGCUAGUAUCCUCCCAAGACCCAACAGUAAUUAAGAACAAAAUGGUUAAGAUAGUUGAUCAUGUUCUCUUACUUCAUGAUGGUCCAGUACACAAGUUCAAGCUCUCUCACAGAGACCUCCAAGGUGUUUGUGACAUCGAUAGAUGGAUUCUGUUUCUUUCACGAGGAUCGGUAAAAGAGUUUAUACUUGAAAUUUGGAAAGGCCAACGCUACAAGCUACCUUCACCUUUGUACUUGUGUGAUAAGCUCUCUCAUUUGGAGCUUUUUAACUGUUUGUUAAAACCUCCAUCUUCAUUCAAAGGUUUUAGGAUCUUGACUAGCCUUGAUCUUCAGCACAUCACAAUGGACCAAGAUGAUUUUGAGAACCUGAUUGCUAUGUGCCCAUUGCUCGAAAGGUUGACUUUGAUGAAUUUUGAGGGAUUUGCUCAUCUCAAAAUUCACGCUCCAAAACUUACUUUCUUUGACAUUGGAGGUGUUUUUGAAGAUGUUAAUUUCGAAAACACCUUUCAUUUGUCUACCGUUUCCAUUGGCUUGUAUGUCAACAUUGGCAAUGAUCAUGAGUUGAGUCUUGGAACUACGAGCAAAUUGAUCAAGUUUUUUGCUUCAUUGCCCAAUAUACAAAGACUCGAGGUUCAAAGUUUCUUUUUAAGGUUUUUGGCUGUGGAUAUGGUACCAAGGAGGUUGCCAACUCCAUGCAUGGAACUGAAUUAUCUGUCUCUGCGUAUAAAUUUCAAUGACAUGGACGAGUGUCUAGCUGCUCUUUGCAUUCUUAGGAGUUCACCCAACCUUUUGGAACUCGAGAUGUUGGCCCGACCAGACGAACAGCCAGCUCCAAGAGUUGCUGCAAAGAACUGGCUUGAAGAAGACUACCAGAGUUGCUUUUUUAACCAGUUGCGGUUUGUCAAGAUUGCUGGCAUAUUUGGUGUUCCGAGAGAACUGACUUUUAUCAACUUCCUGCUAGCAAAUUCACCUAUACUUGAGAGGAUGACUGUUAAGCCUGCUUCUCAAGAAGGUGGUUGGGAUCUGCUCAAAGAAUUGCUACGGUUCAGGCGAGCUUCUGUACAUGCCGAAAUCAUUUAUUUGGAUCCAUAAUUCACCAUCAUGUCCCUUGAAAACAUCUAUGCUUCAUGCUACUUGAUUUUCUGACUUCUUAAUUCAAAUAUUGACUAAUACUAUAUGCUUGUUAACCGUAAAAAGCUUUUAUUUAGCCGCCUUAGAAAGCUUGCUGAUUUUCCAUUGUCGUA